CCAUCUGGGGAGUGGGACGGCCGUCCCAUUCAAAAUUUGGUCCUGAGACGGGCGUCUCAAACUUGGGACGGGCGUCCCAUUUGGAUUUGGUUAUUUGGGACGGCCGUCUCGACCCUUGGGAUGGCUGUCUCAAGCUUUUCAAGUUGGUUUUCAUGUUUCUUGAUGAGAAGGAGGAUAGGACUCCAUUCAUUGAUGUUUUAAUGCAU